AUGAGAAAAGACAAAGUUGUUGAGGUUAAAGAAUAUUGGUACCACUGGGUUCAUGCAGACGUGAAGUGUCAAAGUUCUCCGCAGAGGGAUGAAGAACGAAUUGAAGAAACUCGCGGAGUGAAUGCUUCAAGUCAGGGUUUGAACAAGAACACACGGUUUGCGAAUUUCACCGUCGGUGGUGAGAAUGCAACGCUUAAUAGUAGUGAAGUGGUUGCCAGAGAUGUGGACUUUGCUGUAAAUGCAACUGUUUCUUCUUCUUCUUCUGGUGAAUCAAACGUGACUUCUGUUAAUAAUAAUAAUAAUAAUAAUAAUAAUGUAACUAUGGUUAUUGAUGAUAGUGGUUCUUCUUCACAAGAUGUGAAGAUGGAGGGUCGUUUUAGUUUAAAUGAUGAGAAUUGUGAUAUCUAUGAUGGUAUGUGGAUAAGGGAUGAUUCAAAGCCAUAUUACCCCUUAGGUUCAUGUCCACUCAUCGAUAGGGAUUUUGAUUGCCACCUUAAUGGAAGGCCUGAUAGUGAUUAUGUGAAAUGGAAAUGGCAGCCACAUAAAUGCGACAUUCCAAAUUUGAAUGCAACUGAUUUUCUGGAGAGGCUGCAAGGUCAGAGGCUAGUUUUUGUGGGGGAUUCACUGAACAGAAACAUGUGGGAGUCAAUGGUGUGUAUACUACGUCAAAGUGUCAAGGACAAGAAACGUGUUUUUGAAAUUUCUGGAAGACAUGAAUUUAAGAAAAAAGGUGUUUAUGCUUUUAGAUUUGAGGCAAGUUUUCGGAACAUAUAUAAGAUUCUAUGA